GUUUGUUCUUUUUGUAAACCCCUCAAUCCUCAUCCCCGAUUCAUCAAAUCAAAGAGGGACAAAACCUAAGUCCCCAAUACCCCUGCGUCGUGCUCUCCGUCGUUCGCCGUCACCGCCGUUCGUUGGAGGCUCGUCACUGCACUUCAUUCACGCCGACUAGCAGAAUUGGGUCAUUUCUUGAUAGCAUCCCAACAGCCGUUGAUAGUUUCUUUGAGAACUCUGUCUCUGUCUUCUGUCAAGUGAAACACAUAUAAAAUCUCAUCUCAUUUGCAUGGCAACGGUUAUCUCGUCAGUGCACACCACACUGUUUGCCAGAGCCUCUCGCUUCCGUCACAGUAAUGGCCUAAGAAGCUUAACAUUUUGUUUACCUUUCUCAUCUUCCGCUGCUUCUGUAUCUACUGAUAACCUUUCGCGGAAGAAAUGGAGGCAGCCGGUUGUCUCAGUUUUGGAUCUUGGAGGAGUCAAGAUUAGCAGAGAAGAUGUAGUGAGGGACGAUCCAACAAAUAAUGUGCCGGACAAUAUAUUUACAAAACUUGGAAUGCAGCUUCAUAGGAGGGAUCAACACCCUCUUGGGAUCCUGAAGAAUGCAAUAUAUGAGUAUUUUGACACAAAUUAUUCAAAUAAGUUCAAUAAGUUCGAUGAUCUUUGUCCUCUUGUUUCAGUGAAGCAGAAUUUUGAUGAUGUCUUGGUUCCUGAAGACCAUGUCAGCAGGAGCUAUAAUGAUACAUACUAUGUAGACCCUCAAACUGUUUUAAGGUGCCACACAAGUGCUCAUCAGGCAGAAUUAUUGAAAAAUGGAAAUACCCAUUUUCUUGUCACAGGAGAUGUUUAUCGAAGGGAUUCAAUUGAUUCUACUCAUUAUCCUGUCUUUCAUCAGAUGGAAGGUUUUCGGGUUUUUGUUCCGGAUGAAUGGGAAGCAUCUGGGAUGGAUGGCACAUCAUUUGCCGCAGCAGACCUAAAGAAAUGCCUUGAGGGUCUAGCAUGCCAUUUAUUUGGUGCUGUGGAAAUGCGUUGGGUGGAUACCUAUUUUCCGUUUACUAAUCCAUCAUUUGAGCUUGAAAUAUAUUUCAAGGAGAAGUGGAUGGAGGUUUUGGGGUGUGGAGUGACAGAGCAAGAGAUUUUGAAAAGAAAUGGGAAACCUAAUAAUGUUGCUUGGGCUUUCGGCCUAGGGUUGGAGAGAUUAGCUAUGGUUCUUUUUGACAUACCAGACAUCCGUCUCUUUUGGUCAAAUGAUGAGAGAUUUACCUCUCAGUUCUCCAAGGGUCAGUUGGGAGUUAAAUUUAAGCCAUUUUCAAAGUUUCCUCCCUGUUACAAGGACAUCAGUUUCUGGAUCAAUGAAUCAUUUACUGAAAACAAUCUGUGUGAAGUUGUCAGAGGAAUAGCCGGGGAUCUUGCAGAGGAGGUGCAACUAAUAGACAAUUUCACCAACAAGAAAGGAAUGACCAGCCACUGCUACAGGAUUGCAUAUAGGUCCAUGGAACGUUCUCUAACUGAUGAUGAAAUUAAUGAUCUGCAGUGGAAAGUAAGAGAACAGGUGCAGAGCAAAUUGGAAGUUGUCAUAAGAUGAGCUUUACUGUGUUAAAGCUAUACAGCUUUGCUGUAAUUUUUGUUCUCAUUUUUUUUGUACAGAUGUUUUAUCUCCCCCAACAGCAACUGAAUGACUCAAUGGAUAGAUUUAUUAUUUAUUUUCUCUUGGUGAAAAUACACUAUAUGGUUGUAUCUUCUGAUUUUCCACAUGAACAUAACAUUUCUGAGGAAAAUAAUUAUAACUGCUGACUGCUGUAGUGUAAAAUCGGUGGACUCCUUCACGUAAUGGUAGGUCCUCAACAAUAAAAUUGAGUAACAAAUGGCUUGUGGACGAUUUUAUAUUUCA